UUCUUCUUUUUCUUUUUUUCAUAUUUGCUCCUAUUAUUUAGCAGUAAUAUGCAUUACCACUAAUUUGUUCCUUUCUGAAUGCUGCAUUUUUGUCCCAUCAUCCCAUCUCAUCGUUAUAUCAGCCGAGAACUUGAGUUACAAGAAAGAGACCUGGAUCAACAACAGGAAACAAUGGAAGCGUCACGUGAGGAAUGGGUGGAGUCACAUGAUGUCAUUCAAAGCAGUCGAUGGAGAUGUCACACAGAACAUCACAGAUUGCGUCGUUCUCGACAGUUCAUACGUUGACAAACCGACUCUUAAAAUCGAUCUUUCGAAGAAGAGGAGCAUCUCCGGGAUGGUUAUCGUCACGUGGCAGGGUCAGGGUCAAGGUGACUCGAAAUUCAACUACAAAGACUACAUAUACAACUUGGAACGACUGGACGUGUACACGGAUGUGGAUGGGGAUAGAGCGGGAGCGAAACACUGCGGCACCGUCACGAGGUUGAACGAUGCCCUCUUCAAAUCCACCCUCCAUCUGCAGUGCGAUGAAUCCAGAGUCGGUAGGUUCGUGUUCAUUGAGGCGGUUGGCGUGAAACAACCCUGGGUGGACAAGUUCCAAGCUGUUCUCUGUGAAGUUUCCGUUUACGAGUGAACGUUUUUUGGAUGCCAGGAGAUUUUUUUAUAUUCGUUUCGUUUAAUAUUAUUUUUUAUAUAUUAAUAUUUUUUUAAUUUCAGGUAAAACGUUUCAAUAGAAAACGAAUAAUUAUAUUUUUAAUUUCGUUUGUGUGUAGGAUUUGAAAUGUUAAUCAUGUUACAUUUGCUAAUAAUUCAAGAGCAUUUUCAUAAUAACCUAGCAACAACAAAACUUCACGUAUAAAUUGCAUUUAUGGAUAGCAGUGUUGACGUCGUUUUGAUGUUCGUUUUUUUAUGUUUAUGUGUGUAUAAUAUUCUUUUAUAUAUCUAUUUUUACUCGUGUAUAUACGUUAAUAUUUAAGUGUUUUGAUAUUUUUUAAUGUACACCUUUUUAUGUAACAGCAAUUUAUACGUCUUGUUGUUUCCUCAAUUCACAAAUUUUGGUGUACAUAUACAAACUAAUAUACGUAUAUAUAAAUAUAUAUAUAUAUAUAUAUAUAUAUAUAUAUAUAUAUAUAUAUAUAUGCACUUUCAUUCUGCAUACAAUUUCACCCAAACAUUUGGACUCAGAUCUCUAACAUUUAGCUGGUGGGAUGAAAUAUUGAUAAUUUAUAUAUCGUUGGAUUAGUUACUUGAUUGUGUCUGUGGUUUCUGUCGAAAUAAAGUUAUAUAAAUAGUUUA